AUGGACCCCGACAGCCGAUUUGUGGCUCCAGUUGACCUAUUGGCUGGCCUUUCUGCUACUUCUCUACCCCACGAGACUCGGCUUGGAGGUAGGUCUAAGCCAUCACAAUCCCAGGUUCUUCGAUGUGACCACAGGUAUUUGAGCAAACCGAACGAACCCGAAAGACGACACACGGACACCCAAGGGUGUGUAGGCCUGGAUGCCGGCCCAGCCACCCGACAACUGGGGAACGGUUGCCCUCCUAAAGUCCGUUCAUUUGACGUAAGCCGAGUUGGAGACGGCUAUUCGACAACUGUCUCGAACUUGGCCGCACUCAGAAUACGACGUCAGUACGGCCAACGUUUCAGAUCUGGCCGGCGAGAACACUUACGACUUGGGAACAAGGACGGAAAGAUGGCAACUGUAGCGAAUGAAGAGGCUAAGCUUGAGGAAAGAGAGAAACUGCCGGAAAGGGAGGAGAGAGAGAAGGGAGGGAAGAAGAAGUCUUUGGAAGAUGAGGCUGCAGAAGAAGGGGAUGAGGAAAAUAGAAAGCAAGAAGAUGAAUAUAGAGAGGAGGAGGAAGAGGAGAAUGGGGUGGAC